UCCACCUGCAGUGAGUUUGAUUUUACAGAAUGGGAAUCCUAUGAGCACCUAUCACAGCUGUAUUGGUUGUCACAGCACCUGCUGAUGCUCAAAUAGUUGCGGCAAAGAAAGUUAUCUCAUCUCCUCACAUUACCAGCAGUCAUGUGCAACAGGAUGAUACGCAAGAGAAAAGGCACUGGUGUUUACCUGGCUGCAGCUGUUAUUCUGACGUGUUAUUUUGCGCAAACUAUAGACUGUUAUCGUCUGAAGAAAACAGAAAGACGAGAAGGGAGAAAAGAUGCCGAUACAACAAAUGGGUUCCAAGAGGGGACAAUUGUUUUCGGGAGAGCUUUUGAAAAAGGGUCAGGAUUUGAUUUUCAAGUCACAGGCGGGACCAAGAAGUCAUCCCCAAACGCUUAUGUGGAGGAUGAGGGUGAUUAUCAAGCAGACUCUGCAGUCUGGAUGAGCCCAACACAAGUCGCCAGUCCCAAAGACUCGUCAUGGAAGAGCAUGUCGCCCUCACUGCAGUGUGGUUCGGGCAAGUUGAAGUUCAGAGCGGUGGAACCAGGAGCAUCACAAUUUGCGGUAGAACAAGGAAAUGCACCUCCAAUGCCUCUGUCCAGGUCCCGUCUACCUGUGGCUACAGCAUGCAGAGGAACUCGCAUGCACUUGAAAUGUUGGUUCCCUAUGAUGGCUGCAACAUGGUUCAAGAGGGUGGAAGUUAUGUACUCCCGAUGCGUUGGCAAGGAAUUCCAGUCUCUCUCUGGUGUUCCAAACCUGCCGCACCUCCUGCCGCAACUCCUGCUGCACCUCCUGCUUCCAAAACGAAUUCCCCCCAUUCCCCUGUACCUCGGAUGUCUCAAUACCCUCGGAUGCCUCAAUACCCUCGGAUGCCUCAAUACCCUCAGAUGCCCGAGAAAACAACAGCAACAACCACACGGCCUAUAACUGCAAAGGCGACUCAAAUUCCUCAAUACCCUCAGAUUCCUCAAUACCCUCAGAUUCCUCAAUACCCUCAGAUUCCUCAAUACCCUCAGAUGCCUCAAAACCCUAAGAUGCCCGAGAAAACAACAGCAACGACCACACGGCCUAUAACUGCAAAGGCGACUCAAAUUCCUCAAUACCCUAAGAUGCCGGAGACAACAACAGCAACGACCACACGGCCUAUAACUGCAAAGGCAUCUCAAAUUCCUCAAUACCCUAAGAUGCUGGAGACAACAACAGCGACCACACGGCCUAUAACUGCAAAGAUAUCUCAAAUUCCUCAAUACCCUAAGAUGCCGGAGACAACAACAGCAACGACCACACGGCCUAUAACUGCAAAGGCAUCUCAAAUUCCUCAAUACCCUAAGAUGCCGGAGACAACAACAGCAACGACCACACGGCCUAUAACUGCAAAGGCAUCUCAAAUUCCUCAAUACCCUCAUAUUCCUCAAUACCCUCAGAUGCCUCAAUACCCUCAGAUGCCUCAAUACCCUGAGAUGCCUCAAUACCCUGAGAUGCCUCAACACCCUGAGAUGCCUCAACACCCUCAGAUUCCUCAACACCCUCAGAUUCCUGAAUACCCUCAGAUUCCUCAAUACCCUCAGAUUCCUGAAUACCCUCAGAUUCCUGAAUACCCUCAGAUGCCUCAACACCCUCAGAUGCCUCAACACCCUCAGAUUCCUCAAUACCCUCAGAUUCCUCAAUACCCUCAGAUUCCUCAAUACCCUCAGAUUCCUCAAUACCCUCAGAUGCCUCAAUACCCUCAGAUG